AUGAACGUGGCCGAGCUGGCUGAUCGAGAUGGGGCAAGCGAUGCCUUCUCCAAGGACUCAGAAAUUCCUUCCGAAGCUCGGUUUGGGCAGCUCGGGGCCAAAGAUGCAGCGAGCUUGGCGGGUGAGGACACUGCCGAGGAGAUCGAUGUGACCUUUGCACAUCCUGACAAGUCAUCGAGGCAGUGCACCAGUGCUGGAUCCAGCAGCGAGGGGAUUUGCCAGGACCAGCCAGGUCCGUAUGUGAUCAUCCACGACUGUACCUACGUAUCUGAAACGUCUGCGGUGCCCCCAGAAGAGGACGUGGUGACCGUUGUGCGAGUUGGGACAGUUGUCGAGGUGGAGGAGGUUGUGCAGCAGUCCCAAGCAAAGGUGCGAGGGCGCAUCGCGUCGCCGCCAGGUUGGAUAUCUCUCCUGGAUGUGGCAACUGGCUACCGGUGGGCAUGCCGAGUGGAGGACCGGGCUCUCCUCCACAAGCCCGCUGUGUUGGACACGUCGCUGGCAGGAUUACAACAGUUUGCGCCCGCAACUCCCCGAGCCUCCGUCAUGGUGGCCCCGCCCAGCAGCGACAGGAUUGGCACCGUGUGUCGGAAGCCCCGCGCCAAAGCAGUGCACCGCCGCAGCCCACAACCUAAGGUUGGCUGGGCUUAG